CCGCCUUUUUUUUACUUUCACUUUCAAUAUGUUGUCUUUGUCGCUUGUGGCGUUUUUCAAACAUCUACAAUAAUUACGGUAUUAUCGUGCACCUAUCGCGUAAUCAGGAGUGCAGAUGAAUCGAUGGUUUUCAGUAACUCGGCGCAAGUAUCAAGGCCUACUUCAAAUUCCUCUUUUUGGUUGUUCGUCUAUCGACAGAUUUCGACGGUAUGAGUUUAAGGCGUUCCGGUCCCGGUUGGCGAAUUGCUAUUAUUUGAUCACUAUAUCGGUCUUCGUUGCUGUUAAACAUCACCAGCCCUCGUUCUUCUUCCACAAAAGACAAUGGCUCUGCCGGACCAACUUCAUCAUCAGGCCAUCAAUCAGACAGCAGAGGCUCUGAGCAGCUGUGAACGCAGGAGGCUCUUCUACCUGUGUGACAUCCUGGACACGGACAACAGCGUAGCGUGUGUGAAGGACAUGCUGAAAUCUAAAGUGAUGUGCCACGAGAUGGGUCUCCUGUUUCUGACGGAGCUGAUGCUACAAUUGAGUCGUUUCGAUAUCCUGAGGAAGGUGUUUAAAACCAGCAGGGACGAGGUGGAAAAUGCCCUGAAACAAAGAAGGGUUCUGCCAAGAUUCAGAGUAUUGAUGGCUAAUAUAAAUGAGGAAAUGGACAGUGAAGAUCUGAACAGUGUGAAGUUCUUGUUGGGCAGGACAUUGCCCCGUGAGAAGAUGGAAAAAGCACAGAGUUUCCUGGAUGUGAUCAUUGAACUAGAGAAGCUGGAUAUAGUUUCACCUGAAAGAGUCGACUUUGUAGAAGAAUGUUUUAAAAACAUUGACAGGGUCGACCUCGCCAAAAAAGUUAGUGCAUACAAGAUGUCAGUUGUAACAUCUGGAGGACAUUCAUCUCUACAGCAAAGACACAGAGCUCCUUGUCCAUUCCCCACUCCAAAUGGUUCCCAUUCUCUGCAGCAAACAAGACAAGCACAGCCCCCCCACAUCGAAAACAUACCAGUGCCUGUAUACAGAGAGCAGAGUCAACUCGAUUGUUACAGAUUUAACACUAAUCCCAGAGGAGUGUGUGUUAUCAUAGACUGCGUGGGUAAUGACGGAGACAUGUUGGAACAGACAUUUAAGGCUCUUCACUUCAACGUGGUCCUCCACAAAUGGCUGUGUGUGGCCGACACUCUCUCAGUUCUUAGAGGGAUAUUCGGACAGAGAGAGAACCUUGAAUGCGACUGCUUUGUCUGCUGCAUCAUUAGCCGCGGUACGGCGAACCGUCUCCUGGGUACAGACGUGUACGCCGCAGGUCUACAUCUGAACGAUGUCAGACGUCUUUUCAAUGCUGAUGAAUGCCGCAUGCUGGCUGGCAAGCCCAAACUCUUCUUCAUCCAGAGGUACAGCAUCCCAGAGAUUCCGCCCCGUGCCAGGACGGAGCACCGGGAUGAGGAUCUGGAGACAGACGGGUGUGAUGGGCUGUCCAGAUGUGCUUUCAUCCCUACAGAUGCAGAUGUGUUCUGGAGUCACUGCUGGACAGAUGAAUGUCAACUGGAGCAAGGACACCAUCGCUCCAUUUACCUGAAGGCUCUGACAGACACUUUGCACAAAGGUCAAAGGAGGAAAACACAUCUGGUUGAUGUUCAUACCGAGGUGAAUGGAGCCAUCUUUGAACACAACAACCGGAAUCCUGGAGCGCACUACCACAUUGAUCUGAAACAUACUUUAAGGAAAGAGCUUUUCUUACAAUAGAGGAUUAAUCACCAUCACUUUCACUAAACCCUCAGAACUGUCAGCCACAUAUUAAUAUAGCAUAUUCCUUGCCUGUGAAGAACCUUUUUUUUUUUUACUGUGUAUGCAGUGACACCUGCUGGUUGUAGGAACUUAAAACACUUUUACACUUUUGUUUUUUUGUUUUGCAGGUUGUUUUGAUGUGUAUUUAUUUCAUGUUUGAAAGUUAUUUUUAGACAUACUGUAUAUAUUUGAAUAGUAUAUAACAGACGUACAGGCAAGAUAAUGAUAACAAUAACUCCCCCACUUUCCAACCCAAACGCCAACACACCCAAUCACAGCCUCACAAUAGAUGCAGAUGUCAAUUCAUGCAAGACAAAAAGAAGAGUAAUACAAAACACAAUAACGACUCAGUAUAUUUUAAUCAUAUAUACCAGGGAUGUAAUCAAAUGUAACUGAUUUCGUUUUUUGAAGCUUUAAUGUGAAUUGCCUUUUUCUUGCCUCACACAGUGCAGCUAAAACCGGUUUCUAGUGCCUUUUUUUAAUUUUUCUAUUAUUCUAAAUAUUUUUUGUAGAAUUGUGAUAAUAAUUAGCUGAAUGAAGGACAUUUCUUAUCUACUAUUACUGUUAUUAUAUCUAUUGUUACUUUUAAUAUAUUUUUGUAUUUAUCGUAUUUUCUAACGUCAUGCAUUGUCUAGGUUUUGUCUUUUUGAAAAACAUUCAGUAGAAAAGUGCAAUGUAAACAAAGU